UUUAAUCAGUGAAAGUCGACUUCGACUUUUUUACACAAAAGUCGAUUAAUCGAUUAGUCGAAAGACGACUUUUAGAACCCUAGCGUGGUUUGGAUUUUGUUAAAUUCUUGCGAAUAGAAAUAAUUUAGUAAUUUUCACGAAUAAGAAACAGAAUAUUUAAGCUGUCGACAGCUAUGGCCGAUGUGGACGAUUUGUUUAAUUGUUUUAAUGACGAAGACGGAGGUGAAUCUUUGGAGCCACCGGUAGCUAUACCGGAUAAACCCAUAGUUGAUCAGGAUGAUGAGAAUAUGGAGACACAUAAAACUGCCGAAAAGCGUCCUCUGGCCCCAAUAGAUGUCGAAGGAGAGGCUGAAAGCAGCAAGCGGUCUAAAACGACCGAAUCAAUUUUGGAUGACAUUUGUGUAGAUGCCUUACGAUCACGGAUUGCUGUACAUGUGAUUAAAUCUCCAGAAUCAUGUACCCAUGAAGUGGCUGUUUAUCCAGGCCAAGAUUAUGUACCCUUGCAGCCAUUUAGUGGAACUCCGGCGAAGGAGUAUCCUUUUGUUUUGGAUCCCUUUCAAAAAGAAGCAAUUCUCUGUAUAGACAAUCAACAGAGCGUAUUAGUAUCAGCCCAUACAUCGGCUGGUAAGACUGUAGUUGCCGAAUACGCGAUUGCCAAGUCACUGAACUGCAAACAACGUGUUAUUUACACCACCCCCAUUAAGGCUUUAUCCAACCAAAAAUAUCGAGAAUUUAGUGAGGAAUUCAAAGAUGUAGGAUUGGUCACGGGUGAUGUUACUAUCAAUCCCUCAGCUUCUUGUCUCAUCAUGACUACGGAAAUUUUACGUAAUAUGCUAUAUCGCGGCAGUGAGAUUAUGCGUGAAGUCGGUUGGGUGGUGUUUGAUGAGAUUCAUUACAUGCGCGAUAAGGAACGUGGUGUUGUAUGGGAAGAAACCUUAAUACUGCUGCCGGAUAAUGUACGUUAUGUCUUUCUUUCGGCUACUAUACCUAACGCCAGGCAAUUUGCUGAGUGGGUAUGUCACUUGCAUAAACAACCGUGCCAUGUUGUUUACACUGACUACCGCCCUACACCCCUGCAACAUUAUAUUUUUCCAGCUGGCGGUGAUGGAAUACAUUUAAUUGUAGAUGAGAAGGGACAGUUUAAAGAAGAUAAUUUUAAUACUGCCAUGGCAGUAUUGCAAAAUGCCGGUGAAGCUGCAAAGGGUGACCAAAAGGGAAGAAAGGGAGGCAUAAAAGGUGUCAAUUCCGGACAAUCAAACAUAUUCAAAAUAGUAAAAAUGAUAAUGGAACGAAAUUUUGCUCCCGUCAUCAUCUUCUCGUUCAGUAAAAAGGAUUGCGAGGUGUAUGCUUUGCAAAUGGCCAAAUUGGAUUUUAAUACGGCCGAGGAGAAAAAACUCGUCGAUGAAGUGUUCAACAAUGCUCUAGAUGUCUUGUCCGAGGAAGAUCGUCAACUGCCGCAAGUUGAAAAUGUUCUGCCACUGUUAAGACGUGGUAUUGGCAUACAUCAUGGCGGUCUGUUGCCUAUUCUUAAGGAAAUUAUAGAAAUUCUCUUUGGUGAAGGUCUACUUAAAGCCUUAUUUGCAACGGAAACCUUUGCCAUGGGCCUCAAUAUGCCGGCCAGGACGGUACUCUUCACUGCCCCGAGAAAAUUCGAUGGCAAAGAUUUUCGGUGGAUUUCCUCCGGAGAAUACAUUCAAAUGGCUGGACGCGCCGGUCGCCGAGGUCUGGACGACAAAGGUAUUGUUAUAUUGAUGAUUGACGAAAAGGUGUCACCAGCUGUAGGUCGGGGGAUUGUCCAAGGAAAAGCGGAUCCCAUCAAUUCUGCUUUUCAUUUAACCUAUAAUAUGGUUUUAAAUUUGCUGCGAGUUGAUGAAAUUAAUCCGGAGUAUAUGUUAGAGCGGUCAUUCUUCCAGUUCCAAAACCAAUCAUCUAUUCCCGAGCUUUAUAAGGAGGUACAAGAUAAGCAGCUGGAGUUGGAAAAAUUCAAAAUAAAUGAAGAGCAUAGUGUGGCCUCCUAUCAUCACAUUCGCGAUCAGCUUGACUCUUUGGGCAGGCAGUUUCGCAUAUGGAUUACAAAACCUGAAUAUUUAGUGCCGUACCUUCAGCCCGGACGACUUGUCAAAGUGAAAAAUGAUACCGAGGAAUACGAUUGGGGGAUUGUAGUGAACUUUAAGAAGCAAACAAGCAAAACAAAAAAUCCGUUGCAAGCAGAAACUUUAGUAAUUGUUGAUGUUCUACUGCAUGUAUCUGAAGAGUCCUCCAAAUCCGACGAACCGAAGCCUUGCAAAUCCGGUCAAAAGGGAAACAUGGAAGUAGUGCCAGUUGUCCAUAAACUUCUGUCACAAAUUUCUUCCUUGAGGGUAUAUUAUCCCAAUGACUUAAGACCUGCCGAUAACCGACGAAGUGUUUUGAAAACAAUCAAAGAGGUGAAAAAACGUUUCCCCAAAGGACCACCGCUCUUAAAUCCUAUUACAGAAAUGCACAUUACAGAUCCAGAAUUUAAAAACAUUGUUGAUUCCAUAGCCAAAUUUGAAGAGCGUUUAUUUGCUCAUCCAUUGCACAGUUCCCCAGAAUUGGAACGCAUCUAUGCACGCUAUAUGGAAAAACUGAAGGUAAUGGAACAACUGAAAAUCGCUAAAAAUAAACUGAAGGAAGCCCGUAGUCUGCUGCAGAUGGACGAAUUGAAGCAUCGAAAACGUAUACUUCGAAGAAUGGAAUAUUGUACGGCUCAAGAUGUAAUCGAAUUCAAAGGACGUGUUGCUUGCGAACUAAGUUCGGCAGAUGAGCUGUUGAUGACAGAAAUGAUUUUCAAUGGCGUCUUUAAUGAUUUGACAACAGCUCAAUCUGUAUCUUUGCUGUCAUGUUUUGUUUGUGACGAAAAAUCGUCGGAAAAUCCCACAUCUGCAGAAGAACUAUCGGGACCUUUGCGUUCCAUGCAGGAGUUGGCUCGGCGCAUAGCAAAAAUUUCCAAUGAGUGUAAAUUAGAAUUGGACGAAGAGUCAUAUGUUGAUAAAUUUAAGCCCUUUCUAAUGGAUGUUGUACUUGCCUGGUGUAAAGGUACCUCAUUUCUUAACGUUUGCAAAAUGACUGAUAUUUUCGAAGGCUCCAUUAUACGUUGCAUGCGACGCCUUGAAGAACUUUUACGUCAAAUGUGUCAAGCAGCCAAAACAAUUGGUAAUACUGAUUUGGAAAAUAAGUUUUCAGAAGGAAUACGUUUGCUUAAGAGGGAUAUUGUUUUCGCUGCAUCCUUGUAUCUAUAGGACAAAACACUUUUUAAAUGAAACGUAAUAAACCUUGAAAAGGAAUUAUAAUUUUAUAUACUUUUAAUAUUAAAGCAAACUUCUGUUUAUGUCAUUAUACAAUAAGUAAUUGUACGUUUUAUAUGAAAAUACAUUUUAUUUCAAAUCAAAUGAAAUAUCAUUAGUUUUCAAAAAUAUAACAUGUGAGUUAAUCUAAAA